AGUUACCUAGCAACGGGGCCUUGGCGACGGAGGUGGAGCGGGUACCGGCCCAUCUUUUCCUUCAUCCCGGGUACCACCGGCACCGGCCCCUCAGCUACUGCAGCCCGGCCGCCUGUCACGGCAGAUAGACAGCGGGAGAAAGCGAGCGGGACCAUAGCGUCAUGUCCACAAUGGUGCAGUUAAAUGAGAAACUGAGUACAGAUGAGAUCAUUACCAGCACCAAGCAGGUCAUCCAAGGGCUGGAGGCACUGAAGAAUGAAAACAACACCAUCCUACAGAACCUGCAGGAAACACUGCAUGGUCUGACUGAAGAUGAAGAAGCUCACUUGGUGGAAGAGAAGACUGGCCUCAUCCAGAGGUCACUGGAGAUGAUUGAAUUGGGGCUAAGUGAAGCACAGGUGGUGACCGCUCUGUCUACCCAUCUGAGUACAGUGGAGGCAGAGAAGCAGAAGCUACGAGCUCAGGUGCGCCGGCUGUGCCAGGAGAACCAGUGGCUGCGGGAUGAGCUGGCUGGCACCCAGCAGAAGCUGCAGAAGAGCGAGCAGAUGGUGGCACAGCUGGAGGAGGAGAAGAAGCAUCUUGAAUUCAUGAACCAAAUUAAGAAGUACGAUGAGGAGGAGGCAGCGGAAGAUAAAGACAGUGUAUUCGCCAAGGUUCCACUGGAUGACCUAUUCCCGAAUGAGGAUGAGCAGACUCAAUUGCACCAGCAGCACAGCAGUGCAGCAGCAGCAGCCCAACAGGGCGGAUAUGAAAUCCCAGCACGACUGCGAACACUGCACAAUCUGGUGAUACAGUACGCUUCACAAGGCCGUUAUGAAGUGGCUGUUCCUCUCUGUAAACAAGCACUGGAGGACCUGGAGAAAACAUCAGGCCACAACCACCCUGAUGUGGCCACCAUGUUAAAUAUUCUCGCCUUGGUAUACAGAGAUCAAAACAAAUACAAAGAAGCUGCAAACCUUUUAAAUGAUGCCCUGACAAUCCGGGAGAAAACUCUGGGCCAGGAUCAUCCAGCGGUGGCUGCCACUUUGAACAAUCUUGCUGUGCUAUUUGGCAAGCGGGGUAAAUACAAAGAAGCUGAACCGCUGUGCAAGAGAGCUUUGGAAAUCCGAGAAAAGGUACUGGGCAAGGACCACCCCGAUGUAGCAAAGCAACUGAAUAAUCUGGCUCUGUUGUGCCAAAACCAGGGGAAGUACGAGGAGGUGGAGUAUUACUACGAGCGGGCGUUAGAGAUCUACCAGACCAAGCUGGGAUCAGAGGAUCCUAAUGUAGCCAAGACGAAGAAUAACCUGGCUUCCUGCUACUUAAAGCAAGGAAAGUACAGACAGGCUGAGGCUCUGUACAAGGAGAUCCUGACACGAGCCCAUGAGAGAGAGUUUGGCUCUGUUGAUGGUGACAACAGACGGGUGUGGAUAACGUCUGAAGAUGGGGACGAUUCAAACAAGGGCAGACUAACUCCUGCGGACAGCUACUGGGAGCAUCUUGAGCCUUCAGUCUACUGCACAGCCUCCAGUGACACCGCAGGACUGCCAGAUGGUGACAGAACUCUGCAGUUACAAAAGGAAGGGACUGAGAUUGUUCUGAUCCACAACAAAAGGGACCCAGGUUCUCCGCUGAAGGUAGUACCAGGCAACACACCUAACACUGGUCCCUGGAGGCAGCCCUUCCACUGUGACUACCUGGAUGCCACCACUGUGAUGUUUGCAAAUGGGCCAGACGGCUGCGAGGAAGUGAGUAUGGGGCUGGAGUGGAAUGGGGACACGCUCGGGAACCUGAAGCGCAGCGGAUCCUUCACCAAACUCCGCGAAUCUAUUCGAAGAAGCAGCGAGAAGCUUGUCCAAAAACUGAAAGGGGUCACAGCACAGGACACCAGGCUGAGAAACCCAGGAAUGAAACGAGCAAAUUCGCUGAAUGUUCUGAAUGUGAGCAGCAGAAUGCCUGGAGACACAUACCAGCAACCUCCCAGCAGUCUGACGGAUUCCCGCAUUCUGAGCACCAGCCACACUCACUUGGCACGUCGCAGCUCUCUGACCGACUCGGGCUAGGACACAUCAGGAGCGUCUGAACUGACUCAGGACUCUGCCGUGUAUUCUCCAUCUGCCCCUCCCAGCUCCCCAUCCCACAGCGCAAGUACUCUCCAACCCCCUCCUGGAACCGCACUCGCAGACCCUGGUGUCCGGUGCAGCCACACCCCUUCCUUCAGCUCUGAGGGGUUUGUCUGCAUCGUGUAGCUCCUUAACGUCAAUAGCACAAAGACCAUUCAGCCCCUCCAAUCCUUGCUGUCGCUUACACUCCACAUCAAUCUCCCAGCUUUCUUCACAUCGUACUAUCCCAUCAACCGAUUCCCUUCAAUUCCUUUCCCUCGUGUUUUCAUCCAACUUCCCUGGAUCUAUACUUGAAGAUUGAAAAUAUGUAGCACCGUAUAACCUUGAAUCUUUUUUGGGUAAUAUCCUGUAUUUGGAGCCUCUGCUUUCCUCUCUGUGCCGCUGUUGCAAUUUGCCCCUCUCUCUCUCCCCUUCAUUUGCGUCAAAUUCACAACCAGUUAUUUUUUGAAAGUGGAAACAGGCCAUUCAGCCCUGCAGGUCCAUACUGGUGUUUUUGCCAUGCCCAAGCCUCCUUCCACCCCAUCUCCCCUCAUCCUAUUCCUUACCUCCUCGUACUGAUGUAACCCCCUCCCAAAAUGCCCCUGGGACGCCCCAAGAUAGCGAGUCCCACAGUCUAGUAGCCAAGUAAAUAUUGUGCUGAGUUAUCAAGGGACAUCCAUCCCACUCCUGAUCACUGCUGCUGACAGGGCAAACAGGGCCAUCGCUUGGAUCUCUUUCCAGCCCUUUGAGAUUUUCGUCAUGACAAGCGUUUAUGGGCACUGGUUCCUGGCUCCCAGUUUGCUCCUCCCCAGGGCUUCUCAUCCUACUGGAAUUCCAUAAUUCCGAACCUAGAGGCAAGUGCUUAUCCAAGUUAAUCAGCGAGGAGUCUGCCCGGACUGAGAGUCAGUUUCACUGUGAUACCUGCGACUUGCUGCAGCAAAGGGUCCCAUCUAUCCCCACCCUUGGUGGGGGUUGGGGAAAGCCCAACACAUCCCCACCCUCAAAAGGGAUUGGGGGGGGGGCAGUGGGGAAAAGAAACAGUCACGUUCUGAUGAAACGGAGCUCCAUUCUGAAGUUUGCAACACGGGUUGGACCAGUGUGUCUCAGUCCCCACUUUACUGGAUUUGCCUUCUGAUCUGCUGGAGUCUUUACAAUGGCAACCCCCCAGGGAGGAAACCACCUGGCAAUCUGAAAUUGAAACAGUAGGGCACCCAGUCACCCCCAGCUGGUCAAGGAGUAUCUGAGCACGGGGUGGUGGGAACGAGAGGUGGGAGUUGUGGGUGGGGGGGAUGUGGAUACAAAGGAAAAUUCAAGUUGUCAGCAGAAUUCUCAUCUCUUAUCUGUCAGCCCUAGGGGUAAAAAUGGCACUGAUCUGAGACAUCAACACUGAUACACUCUCUCCCCCUUGUUUUCCAACUUUCUCAGUGUUGGUUGGGGAAGCACCGCGCAGCUCCUGCUCGGUUUCCCCUCGCCCCGUCGAAAUCUCGAGGCAGCCUCUCUGCUGCCAUUCGUGCUGAGAUUUGUCACCAGCCGACGUCGCUUCGCUCCCUGUACCCGAAUGUCAAGCACUGUAAGGUGUGCCGCAGUCACAGAGCAAGCUCCUGCAGGUGAGCUGCCAAGCGCCCGGAACGCCAGCGCAUGUCCAAACUCUGCUCCAGGCUGCUCCAACUCCUUUUCUCGCUGAGAUUGCAGCGUCUGAUAGGAAACAGUGUCUGAAGGAGCAUCUCCCCUCAUUUGCACCUGAAUGUUUAACCUGCCCCUUAUUGUUGCUUUGAGAUAAUGAGCUGAAAGACCCACAACGGGACUGGCAGCAUCCACCUCUGCAUCUCCUUCAGGGAAGCCCAGUAGAAUCAGGCCUCGUCCUCCAAUGGAGACCGUCAGGCUAUUUAACUGUAUCCUGUGACAUAAUCCAAUCAACCCACCAUUCCUGGGAUCCCCUUUGAAACACUGCCUCCGUACCCAGGGAACACCCAUUAAAUACAGUGUCUCUCUCCCCUGGAAAUUACAGCAUACUCCCCAGAGGGGGCUCUGUAAUUGAAUACUCCCCCUAGGAGCUCAGUAAAUGCUGAGACACUCAGGACAGCCCUUUCCCCAUUGGGGAAGAUUCAAGUAUCCAGAAGGAAAGGUAUACCUGCCCCUCAGUCUGGGGCAUUCCCACAUUAUCUGACUCCAUUGAUGUACUUGGGAGGGGCCAUAACAGUGCGCCCAGGUAGCUCUUAGCCUGUUACCUGUAUAAAGGUUAAUCCAUGAGCAGUUUUGAUGUUUAGAGAGAUCUCUCACAGAGCACAGGGUCUUCACAAAAUGUCUUGGAGGCUUUGCCUGGACGACUCUAUGCAUUUCAAGGUGGGCGGGUGUUAAAUGCAAGUGCCUCUGCGUGAGAGACGGUAUGAGCGCACAGGUCACCUGGGCCAGGAUGGGGAUGGCGGCGUUUGGGGUGGCUCUCCCAUUGAAGGGUGCCAGAGUCUUUGAGUCAGGAGAGCCUUUAAGCUGCGGUGAAUCGGUGCAGAGGUGUGAGUGCAGCCCACAAUGUGUUGGAAGGGAGCCUCCUGACGUAAGGAGAACUUGGGAUACGUCAAAGGAUGUGUAUAUGUAGGGUCGCAGGGAGGAGGGGGAUGAUGCAGAAUGGAGUUGCUGGCAAAAUGGAACUGCAAGUCAUUUAAUGGUGGUGAAGCCGAGGGGGGCCCUAUUUCUACAAAGCAAUGUUUUGUGCAAGUGUUUGAUUGGGUUGAGAGAGACGGGCGUGCCUCAGUAAGCACUCUUUCUCCGUUUUACCAAAUACCUAUACAUUCUGUCUGUAGCCACAUCAAGGCCAUUUGGAAAAUAUUUUAUCACUUCCUCUGGCCCCUCAGGGCCUGAGCUUUUAGUACGUCUCUGGUUAAUUGUUGUGAGGUGUCUAGUCGUGUUCUGCAUACUGUACCAAACUCCUGAAAAUUGUGACUUUUUUUCAAUGUUAUUUAUGUUUUGAGGAACAAGAAAUAGUACAAUAAAAAUUUACUUAGGAUUUAUUUUAAAUAA